GUAAACACUUAUGCACAUCAAUUCAAAUGAUACAAUAGCAUGUUUUUGAAAUUUUACUUUUCAAAUUGUUUUGCAGCCAGAGAACAUAUUACUCUCCUCUGACAAAGAAGAAACUCUGAUUAAGGUGUCAGACUUCGGUUUAUCAAGAUUUGUCACCUCGGAAAUGACAACAGUCUGCGGAACACCUUUAUAUGCUGCCCCAGAGGUACUUGUAAAAAAUGGAAGAGGGGGCUAUACAAUGCAAAUUGAUGUUUGGAGCCUGGGCGUAAUUUUAUAUGCAUGCUUGAGUGGUUAUUUACCUUUUUCACCUGACAACAAGAAAGUCCCAUUAAAAGAACAGAUUAGGAAAGGCAAUUACUCCUUCCCAAUACAGUACUGGAGAGGUGUGUCUCCAGAGGCCAUUGAUUUGAUAAAGAAGAUGUUAACUGUGGACCCUAUUCAGAGAAUAACUGUUGACGGUGUUGUGAAUCAUUUGUGGCUUCAGGAUGAAUUAAUGCGAAAGAAAGCAGAGAAUCUUAUGAGAGAAGGCUUGCAUGGCAUCUGGCCAGAUGAAAAUUCUGACCCCGUUACAUGUGGACCUCAUCUUGCCAAGAGACCAAGGUUAGAUUGAUGGAAUUAAUUAACCUACAGUGAGAGGAAAGUACAAACGCUACCUGUACAACAGAAGUCAUAAGAGUGAUAUCGUACUUCGAUAGCUACAUGUUACCUGCAUUAAUUUUCAUGUGUUAAAACAUGUGAAUACACAAUUAGACAUAGAAAAAUUGUAUGUUAAAUCAAAAGUGAUAAGGAUUGUUUGUUUAUAUUGCAGUUGUUUUGCAUCACUUUUUUGUAAGAUUAUUAAUUUUGAAAAUUUUAUGUACAUACAUUGCUAUGUCAUUAUUGUGACUUUGAUAUGCUAAAUAUUUCCUUAUAGGAAAUUAUGUACUGAGCAAAGUAUUGUCAGAUCUGAGACUAGGACUAUAGAAGAUAAACAGUGUUUCUCUCUCUCUCUCUCUAUUUCUUUUCUUUCUUUUUUUUUUUUUUAUCACACCUUAACAUAGUGUUUGAUAUACAUGUUUUGCAUGCUUCACUUUGCUUUUGUCAUCAUAUAUUUAAUUUAUCCAGUUUUGUUGCACAUUUAUGCUGUUUUGUAUGUUUAUAAGACACUUUACUUUGUAUCUUCUUGCUACAGUUUGUUGUCGUUCCUGUAAACAUUAUUGUUAUUUUUCUAUCUUGAUACUUUUAUAUGUUUCUCUCUCUUCUUUCUAUGCCUCUUUGUGAAAUGAACCAUUUAGAAGUUCCUACUUACAAAAGCUAUCGUAUUUUUCGAUAUAUGUGAAAUCCUAGUGACCUGUAAAUGAAUUUUUUUGGAGAAGAAUUUCUUGGUGUUCUUAGGAACUAAUUUAAUUUCAGAAAAAAAAGAAAGAAAACUUGAAAUAGCGGCCUGGAUGAACCAGAAUGUCAAAAUAAACUCUACAUAUGGACUUUCGUAUGAUCUGUUUUGUUCCUGUGGCCUGUCUUGUAAUGCACUUGUUUGAUGAAUUUUUAUAUUAAAAAUAUUAGACAACUAGCGUGUUUCAAUGGUGUACAGCUGAGAUGCUGCAUAUUUACUGUGUUAUUACUAACUACUGUUGUUAGGGAGUUUGCUUCUGUUAAUCUUACCCUCUGACAUGCACCUCUUUGUUAAAUAGUAUAAAAUAUAUAAAAUACUGCAGUCAAUAUUGCAGUUGUAGUAUAUUGAAACAAUGCUAUUACAUGCAACGAAUUCAGAAAGCAUGUAAUUGAUUACUUUUUGAGGUGAAACAUUCAGAAGCUUCAAUAAUACUGAGUGGCAGCCAUCUAAUUAUAACCUCAAGAUAAUUGAAUUUUGUGAAAAGCUCGAAAGAGAACUGUUAAAUUUUAAAAACAAUUUAAAUGAACAAAUGUAUGAUAGUAAGGUUGAUUUGCAAAACUGUCUUUAAUUUGUGAUUGUAAUACAGUCUUAUUUAUAACAUUUGUCACAAAUAUUUGAUUCUGGUAUCAGCAGUUUGUAUUCAGGAUUACUUAAAAUACAUUACACACUGUCUUUUGCAUUUUAUACUGCGAGAGUGAGCCUUCAUAUUGAACACAAAGUAUAAUUACUUGCUGGCUUACAUUAUGGGUGUUAUUAGAUCAUUGUCCAUUCAUUAUCAUGCUAAUAACAAAGCAACAAAUGCCUAGUUUCCGUAACCCCAAUUGUUUUAGUUCUGUUAUGCUGAAAACAAAUGCAUUACAUUUAUUCACUACAUUAAAUUAUGAAGCAUUUCAACAUGACGCAUGUUUGCCAUUUAGAAUUUAUGGCAGUUCAGCAAGUUGCCUCACAACCAUCUGAAGAAAAGCACCAUCAGUAGAGCAAAUGAAGUCCUUUUUUUCCUGCUGGAAGCAUCAUGGGAAUUAGAGGUUACUGGAUUAGAAACAUAAGAAACAGCCUGCCGUGGCUUCGCAUGGGUAGCACCAAGUACUUUUGGCCAUAUGACUUGUCUGGUAUAGCUGUAAUAAAUUAUGUACACAAAGCUUCCUCUUGAAUCAGUCUACCUGUUUUUGAACACUGUAUCGAAAUCUCUUCAAUAUUUCCUGAGAUUAGCCCUCAUAUAGACAGUUUAAUUUAUAUUAGUAGAUGGCUGUCUCAGUUACAGUCCCCACUAUUGCUGAACAUUAUGUAUAUUAUACACAUUUACUCAGUUUAGUAUGUUUUGCUAGUUGUUUCAAAGAAUGACAUGUUAUCACUAUUUUACAUAUAAUUUUGUAAAUCCUGGAUUUUCCAUUGUUUGAUUACAUAUAUUUUUGAAGGAUAUUAUGUAUAUGGUAAAUAAUAUAAGCACUGAGAUGAGGAGUGAAGUUAAUCAGCAUAGUGCUUUCACAUUUAAAUUCUAGUGUAUUCUGUAAAAAGUGAUAUGAAUGCAGAUUUAUUACUUAAAAUAUUUUGCUAUAGAUGUUUGAUAUAUGUUUGAAAUUUAAUGUUCAUUGCAUUGUCUGUAACACCAGUGACAAAAUGAACAAGAAUGAUUGUCAUCAUAAAAUUCCUUAUGUUAUUUUGCAAAUUGCUUGUAAUUUUUAUUAGUUACAUUGAAGCAAACCAAAUGGGUCUGACCAUUAUUAUCAUUUUGUUUGACUAACAUGGUUCAUUUAAUGCUAUGGAUGAAGAGUCUGUUGUGCUAUGGGUGAAGAGUCUUGUGUAAUGUGCCAAUCGAGGGAGCUUUUUUUUUGUGAUAAUAUGAAAUUUCAUCAGAAUGUGCCAUAAAUCUCCAGAAGUGUGGUCCACUUUGGUGUGUUUAUAAUCGAAAGAGUUCUCAUUGUUACAUAAUAUGAUUCUUGCUAGAACAUGAAGUUAUUACUAUCUAUCUGAAAGGUCUAUGGAGAGUUGUUCAGCAAGUACAGUUGUUUUGCAGCCACUGUCUUGUAGCUGACUGUUCAAAUAAAAAUUGAAGGUAGAGUUAUGUUUGCAAAUUGACUGAUUGUUAAUAAGAUACUUUCUAAUUCAAUAUUAACAGCAGGCCUUAGGUAUUUCAGAAUCACAGAGAAUUUCUAUUCAUGUUUGGUAAUCAUCCAAUCUUACACUCAAGUGCUGACUUCUGGGGUCUUACUUUAUUUGUUACUCUCAUUUUCUUUUGACAUCCUCCUUGUUUUCAUGUCCUUGGUGAGCGACUACCCUGUGAAUACAUUUUGCCCCCCCUCCCCCUCAGUCUUAGUGUUAUCUGUACAUAUCUACAGGAUGUGAAUUGAUGCUAUAUUGUGUCUUAAGCAUGAUGUUUAUUUGUCAUUGAUGUGUAUAUAAAUUUUUUUGUGUAGAGGA